AUGAGUGAACGACCCAAAAGUUUUUCUCGAUAUUAUUGUGAUGUAUUAGAACAUAAAGAAAAGAUAUUUUAUGACUACGAAAAUGUUACUGUUGAGUGGGGAAGUCAAGACCCUUAUCAAAUUGUACGUAAAAUUGGAAGAGGGAAAUACAGUGAUGUUUUUGAAGGAGUUGUAGUUGAACAAAAUGUUCCAUGUUCUAUUAAAGUAUUAAAACCAGUGAAAGCAAAAAAAUUUAAUAGAGAAAUUUUGAUAUUACAAGACCUUCGAGAUGGACCAAAUAUUAUUCAAUUGUAUGAUGUUGUAAUGGAACCAUCAACACAAACACCUGCACUAGUUAUGGAAUAUGUAGAAAAUGUUGAUUUUAAAACGUUAUAUCCAACAUUAAAUCAUAUUGAAAUCUGUUAUUAUUUAAAUGAAUUGUUAAAAGCAUUAGAUUAUACCCAUUCAAUGGGAAUAAUGCAUCGUGAUGUUAAACCACAUAAUGUCAUGAUUGAUCCUAAGAAAAAAAUUCUUAAAUUAAUUGACUGGGGACUUGCAGAAUUUUAUCAUCCAGGAACUGAGUAUAAUGUUCGAGUUGCUUCAAGAUAUUAUAAAGGACCAGAGUUAUUAACUGAUCUUCAAGAUUAUGAUUAUUCAUUAGAUAUGUGGAGUUUUGGUUGUAUGGUCGCUACAAUGUUUUUUGUUAAAGAGCCAUUAUUUAAAGGCUCAAAUAAUAAAGAUCAAUUAGUUAAAAUUGUCCAAGUAUUAGGAACUGAUGGAUUCCAAAAAUAUGUUCAAAAAUAUCAAUUAAAAAUUGAAGAUAAGUUAAUGCAAUUAUUAAUUGGAUUCCCUACAGUUGAUUGGGACACUUUUAGAAAUGAAAAGAACCAACAUCUUAUUACACCUUAUGUCUAUGAUUUACUUUCUAAGUUAUUGGUUUAUGACCAUCAAAAACGUCUUAGUGCAAAAGAAGCAAUGAACCAUCCACUUUUCCAGUGUUUGUCUAAAUAA